UCGCACACCCAGUCAUCACCUUUCACAAGCGCGCGGCGCCGAGAGACCCAGAUUCACACAAGUGGAAGAAGGGCUGCACCUGUAUGGACCGGUCUGUCGCCGCUGCCAGCGAGUCGGGGUCGGUAUCCACACAGCCGAGGCGAGACGCAGGACUCAGAAUUGCUUGACAUGAAGAGAUGAUGCACAGCGCGUAGAACAAAUGAAAUACACAAAGUUGUAUUUAUGCAUUAAUUCGUCUGAUGCAAGCGAUCGCGGAUCACAGGCAGGCGGAAACUGAGACGCAGCAGCGAUGUUCUGACAAGGUCUGAAAAAAGCAUCGGACUAGUUCUCCUUCUGGUGUAAUUACAGACAUUUAUUUAAACGCAUGAACGAACCUUUUGCAGCAAGCGGAGAGUCUGGUGUUUAUGCAGGGAUGGAAGAGCACGGAUUUACUUAGAGCCAGAUUAGCGGCGUGUCUAUGGAUGUGUGCGAGCCUCUCUCAGAUAUGAAAUCUGCAGCGACGUGACUGCUAAUAUUUCAUCCUUGUAAACUUCAGCAGGGAUACAGUUGCACUGCCGCGGUGCAUAAUCUAUAGGACCAAAAUCGGGCUGUUGUCGUAGGCUAAGUGAAAAUCUGUAUCACUGGCCCUAUACUCCCAAAUCGUCCUUUAUUGCCGUGGAGAGAGCACGCAUUUAAAAUCAGGGCACAUUGCAGUGUUUUUCCGUAUACAUUUUCCAACCGCUUUCAAUUGAAUCAACGUUUUUUCCUGCUCUGACAAAGCGCUUUACGCAACACCCCUCACCGCUGUCUCCGACAACCUGUCCGAUUCUCCCCCUCGUCUUUCUUUUGUUUUCUUUUGCGUUAUCGAAUAAAAACAGGUGGGAACGGUGCCCGGGGCAGUGCCUCUGUAACCAAACCAAACUGCUCCCUCUAAUCGGAAUAAGAAUCGGCCUUUGCCGAGGAUGUCAUCUUAACGUAAAUAUGUAGAGUGGGGACCAUGCGGGGAGUUACGGGCAGUGGCGGCGCCUGACCCGGGGAAACUUGAGUCAAAGGGAUCCCGCUCGCCGCACCGAUCAGUGUGUGUGCUGUUUUCCAGAGUGAAGUGACUUCCUAUGGUCGAGACCCCCAAUGGUGUUGACCCGGGGGUGGGAGAGGCUCGGACCCGGCAGUUUCUUCCUCGCCCCUCCGCUGUGGUUUCACUCUAGGAUGUUGCGGCAGGUCUUGCACGAAGGGCUGAGGACGUCUUUCUACAAACUCGGCCACUUUGUCGCCAACCACCCGGUGUUCUUCGCAUCCGCCCCGGUGCUCGUGUCCAUCCUGCUGGGCGCCAGCUUCAGCCGGUACCGCAUCGAGGAGAACGUGGAGUACCUGCUGGCUCCCAAGCACAGUUUGGCCAAAAUAGAGGGCAACUUGGUCGACAGUCUGUUUCCCGUCAACAGAUCGAAACACACGCUGUACUCGGACCUUCAGACCCCCGGGAGAUACGGCCGGGUGAUCAUCACCUCGGGCCGCGGGAGCGUGCUGGACCAGCACCACGUCGAUCUGGUUCUGAAGCUCCACAGCGCCAUCACCAAGAUCCAGGUGCACAUGCUGGGCUUCAACUACACCUUCGCUCACCUGUGCCUGCUGGACAGCAACAAGAGCUGCGUUGUGGACGAUAUCCUGCGGGUUCUGGAGGAGCUGCGGGCAGCGCGGGCCGCCAACCACUCCGCCCCACCCGUGCGCUACCCAAUCACGCGGCUGCAGGACGGGCGGGAGGUGUACAUCGGGCACCAGCUGGGCGGAGUGCUGCCGGCGGGGCGGGAGGGCGUGCGUCAGGCCCGGGCGCUGCAGCUCAGCUACUACCUGCAGGCCGUCAACCCGCUCAACGACAUGAUGGCGGCGCGCUGGGAGCUGCAGUUCUGCCACGCCCUCGAGCGCUUCCAGGAGGCGCACCCCGAGGUCACCCUGUACCCCUUCACCUCCUCCUCGCCGCAACGUGACUUCCAGAGGACCAGCAAGGUGUCGGAGCGCCCCCUGCUGGUGAGCCUGAUGCUGUGCGUGUCGCUGGCCGUGCUGUGCUGCUCCAUGCGGGACUGCGUGCGCACUAAGCCCUGGCUGGGCCUGCUGGCCCUGCUCAGCGUCAGCCUGGCCACCCUCACCUCCGCCGGCAUCAUCAACCUCACCGGCGGCAAAUACAACUCCACCUUCCUGGGCAUCCCCUUCAUCAUGCUGGGUCACGGGCUGCUGGGCACAUUCGAGAUGCUGUCGUCGUGGCGACGCACACGGGAGGACCAGCACGUGAAGGAGCGGGUGGCGGCUGUGUUCUCGGACUGCAUGCUGCCCUUCACCGCCAGCACCGCCCUGUACCUGGUGACCUUCGGCAUCGGUGCCAGCCCCUUCACCAACAUCGAGGCCGUCCGGCUCUUCUGCAGGAACACCUGCAUCUCCGUGCUCUUCAACUACCUCUACAUCCUGUCCUUCUACGGAUCCAACCUGGUCUUCACCGGCUACCUGGAGAACAACUACCAGCACAGCCUCUUCUGCAAGAAGGUGCCGAAGCCGGAGCUGCUGCAGCAGAAGCCGGCCUGGUACCGCUUCCUCAUGUACACGCAGUACAACGAGGAGGCGGCCGAGGGCGGCGACAUGCACGCCUACGAGAACCACCUGCUGGUGGCCUUCAUGAAGCGCUACUACUGCGACUGGAUCACCAACACCUACGUCAAGCCCUUCGUGGUCCUCUUCUACCUAGUCUACAUCUCCUUCGCCCUGAUGGGCUACCUGCAGGUGACCGAGGGCUCGGACCUCAGCAACGUGGUCGCCACGGAGACCAGCACCAUCGUCUACACCCGGGCCCAGCAGCGGUACUUCAGCAACUACAGCCCAGUGAUCGGCUUCUACAUCUAUGAGUCCAUCGAGUACUGGAACGCCAGCGUGCAAGAGGACGUGCUGGAGUACACCAAGGGCUUCGAGCGCAUCUCCUGGUUCGAGAGCUACCUGGGCUACCUGCGCGGCCUCAACCUGAGCACCAGCCUGCCCAAGCGCAACUUCACCGAGCGGCUGCGCUCCGGCUUCCUCAAGCUGCCGCAGUUCCUGCACUUCUCCGACGACAUCAUCUUCGCCAAGCGCGCCGACGGCGAGGUGGACGUGGCGGCCUCGCGCAUGUUCCUGGUCGCCAAGACGACGGAGAACAAGCGGGAGGAGAUGUACAUCCUGCUGGACACCCUGCGCAAGCUGUCGCUCAGCUCCCGCGUCAAGUUCAUCAUCUUCAACCCCUCCUUCGUCUACAUGGACCGGUACGCCUCCUCCGUGGGCGCGCCCAUCAAGAACUCCUGCAUCUCCGCCCUCUUCCUGCUCUUUUUCUCCGCCUUCCUGGUGGCGGACUCGCUGGUCAACGUGUGGCUGACGGUGACGGUGGCCUCGGUGGAGUUCGGCGUCAUCGGCUUCAUGACGCUGUGGCAGGUGGAGCUGGACUGCGUCUCGGUGCUGUGUCUGAUCUACGGGGUGAACUACGCGGUGGACUGGAGCGCGCCGCUGGUGUCCACCUUCGCGCUGGGCCGGGACUACACGCGCACGCGCUGGGUGAAGCUGGCGCUGGAGCGGCACGGCGUGCCCAUGCUGCAGAGCUACCUGUGCUACUGCGCCGCCCUGCUGCCGCUGGCCGCCGUGCCCUCCAACCUCACCCACACGCUCUUCCGCUGCCUCUUCCUCACCGCCCUCAUCACCGCCUUCCACUGCCUGGCCAUCCUGCCCAUCCUGCUCACCUUCCUGCCGCCCUCCAAGAGGAAGAAGAGGAAAGAGAAGAAGGCCGCCGACGACCGCGAGGAGAUCGAGUGCGUGGAGGUGGUGGACAGCACCCGCGUGGUCGACCAGAUCACCACGGUGUGACCCGGGCGGGCCAGCGCAGUCCGAGAGGUCCCGGCUGCCGCGGUCAACCGCCUAGCCGUGAUCUGACCGACACGGGCUGGCACGGUCGACCCGAUGGCCACAGUCUGACCGAGACAGCCUGCCGUGGUCGAACAGAUCUCCAAUGACCAGCUGAGAGAGGCUUGGUAUGGUUGACCAGGUCACCACAGUCUGACCAAGAAAGGCUGGUGUGGUUGAAUAGCUCCCCUUAGUGGGGUGGGGGGGAACUGCAGCUGGUGGGGCAGGGACUUUCAGAGGCACACCCAGCGUGGGGCAGGGCCAGAGUGUUAGAUUGACAGGUAGCACCCAGUGGAAAGAGGAAGCAGGUGGGGGUCAGAGGUCACAGCACGCUGUCAGAAAACGAGACCCCCCUUCAAACACAAUGACCAAUCAGGAUCCCUCUGCUCCAGACAAACAAGCCAGCCAGUAAGUGACAGAGGUUUUCAUAGAUGAAGAUAAAUGCAGGGCUUCUCACAGAAGGAGAGGUUUAAAUGAAGGAUUUCACUUCAGGGCAGCUUUUUCAGCUUUCUCAGUCUUUCUCAGUCCUCCAAUCAGCACGGGCUCUGCUGUGGUGCAUUGUGGGACAUGUAGUGUGUGCUGGUCUCGCUGUCCUUACACAUACUCAUGAAUGGAGAGGCCUGGAGCUGCAAUUUGAUUGUGGGCGAUUAGCGAUUAGCAGCAACAAUGACUGUGUAUAUUAAUUAAGAUUACCAUCAGAAAGAAAACAAGCCGCAAUUAGUCUCACCGCUAAUGGCUACUGAAAAAACACUUUACUCUGCCGGUGCGAGCUCAAGGUUCAGAAAUGCAGUGAAACACAGACACUGAAAAA